AGACGAAGGUUAAAGGUCACGAGCGUCAUACCGUCUCAGCGCUCAUUAGGAAAUAACCGGCUGAUUUUUUUUUUCAACCAGCGCGAGCUCAGGUCCUCAGUUAACGACGCUCCACGCCGAUUUCUAAGCUUCAUUUUAAAUAAACCAACAUGGCGAAGAAAAGGAGCGGAGUUCGCGAACCAGAAGCCACUUCUCUGAUAGAAGAGGAAUCGACGACAAAAGAAACGCAACCUAUUAAAGCAGCGCAGUACACCGGAGGAGGAUCUGCACGCAUGUCCCUCCUCAUCCUGAUUUCCAUCUUUGCCUGUGCUGCUUCAGUCAUGUACCUGGUUUACAGAAAUUUCCCUGAGCUGAGCGAAGAUGAGAGAGACAAGAUAAAAAUCCCUAAAGACAUGGACGACGCAAAGGCACUGGGCACCGUGCUCUCCAAAUAUAAGGACACCUAUUAUACCCAAGUGCUUUUAGCAUACUUUGCUACAUAUGUCUUCCUCCAGACAUUUGCCAUUCCAGGUUCAAUUUUCCUCAGUAUCCUCUCUGGUUAUCUGUAUCCCUUCCCCCUGGCUCUGUUCCUGGUUUGCCUGUGCUCAGGUCUGGGAGCGUCUUUCUGCUACAUGUUGUCUUAUUUAGUGGGCAGACCCGUGGUGUACAAGUACCUCACGGAGAAAGCGCAGAAAUGGUCACAACAGGUCGAUAAGCACAGAGAACACCUCAUCAAUUACAUCAUCUUUCUGAGAAUUACGCCUUUCCUCCCAAAUUGGUUUAUUAACAUCACUUCCCCCGUCAUCAAUGUGCCUCUGGGAGUCUUCUUCUUUGGUACAUUCCUCGGAGUUGCUCCUCCAUCUUUCGUAGCGAUAAACGCCGGAACGACGCUGUACAAGCUGACCACAGCAGGCGAGGCCGUGUCCUGGUACUCUUUGGCCGUGCUGGCUGUUCUGGCCGUAGUCUCCAUCCUCCCGGUGUGCUUCCAGAGAAAGCUGCAGGAAAAGAUGGAGUAAAGCGCCACCUCACUUCCUCUGCCUGUCAUCCAGUUCACCCUGCUUCUCCUGGUCUUCACACGCACAGCUGUCUUUUUCUUUGUCGUUGUGGAAAACGGGCCCAGAACUGUUGAACUCGGACUGGCUCGUGAUCAUACACUUGUUCGUUUUCCCUGUCACAGACUGAACAUUUCUAUCCAUUAUCUUUUUAUUGUUUCGUAUAUUUUUUAACAACUUUGUGUAAUAAUUAAUGUUCCCAUAUUAAGACAAAAUUUUUUUAAUUUUCUAACUUUAAAGCAAUACCUUUUGAGGUGUUUUUAGCCCGUGUUGCAUUGGCAGCACAAACAGGGUGCUAUGCCAGGAGAUAUUUAAAUACAUCACCUCUCACAUACACCGUGCCAUCAACAUUAUAUUUCCCCAUAGUUUGGCCAUGACAGUAAAUAUUAAAAAUUUGCAGAUUUCUUCUGGAUGAUGCACCAAACACUCAGUCCUGCUGCCAACUACAUGUAGGAGAUUCUCCUGGUGAUUUUUUUCUCCACACACAUAUAGAUAUAUAUCAGAAGACACGAUUUCCGACACCGAAUUGUAUUUAUAAUGCCUCAUAUGUAUUGUAAUUUUUUUUUAUUUAGCUAGUUUGUUUUUGCUUUAAUCCAUUUUGUCUUAAAUAACUGGUUACUGGAAAGGGUACACCUUGGAUAUAAAAGAGGAAAAACAGGAGUAAGAAUGAUGAGCGAAGACUGAAAGUCAGAAGGAACCUCAUGAAUCUUAAGUGUAUUUAAAAAAAAAAAAAAAAGUAAGAUUUAAGAAAUACAUCUCUACACAUCGAGCAGUCGUUUGCACUGAAUAUAAGCGGCUUAGGGGGGAUAAUUUUCUACCGCACAAAGGUAGAAGCUGGAUACCUCAUCGUGUAUGAUCUCACUGUUUACUACAUCUUCAUCCAAAGCAUCGGUCAGUCCUUUAGUUCCCCAUCCUGGUUCUGCAAGUACUCCUGCUCUGCAUAGUGAUUUCUUUCCUCAGCUAAUCAGCUACUAAAUAAAUUAAUCCUAAUGUACAGGGUGCAGCUAAGCUCCUGUAGGACCAUGACCUUUGGUUCAGUCUCUUUCAGUCUGAUUGCUUUCCACAGCUCGGAGACAUCAUGUAUAUCUCUGCAUAUAUUCUAAUGAACCUCUGUAAUUGUUUUUAAAAGCACAUCCACAUGGCUAACGUGCAUUUCUACAAAGUCUUUACUUUUUCUUAUGUUUUGUUCAUGACUACAUGAUCUCUCGUCUCUUGCAAUUCGGGUUGCCUCCACACACACACACACACACACACACACACAGUAUUACAUCGAGCUGUCGGGAUGUUCUUCAUAUGUAAAUGCUACUAAUUGAUAACUUUUUCUUUCAAAUGUCAUUACGAAAUAUUAUAUAAUGAAGAUAUUUAUUAUGAAAUGAUUAAAACAUGGUUCCCUUCA